GCGAACAACAAGGUAGCUUACGUUUGUAUAUAUCCCUGACAUCUGCAACUCGGAAAAUAGUCGGCUAAGCAUAGCUUCGGAAAUGGUAGCGACGCCGUAGAGCCAAAUCGAGUGCGAAGUAGUCAAAACGUCAAGAUUCUCCUCAAACACUUGUAUAUAUCAUCCACACACGAACAUUAAACCCUUAAAAGUAAGGUUGCUCCAAGUUUUCGUGGAUUCAUGGAGGAGAAGAAGGAAGACGGCGACUCGGAGAUCCAGGAACACGGACCCGAGCACUGGUUCUCAAAAUGGGAGCGGCAGUGUCUGGCCGAGGCGGAGCAGAGAGAGCCGAGCGAGGAGGAGGCCGACAACGACCAGGAUAAACUGUGGCAUCUUUUCCAGAACUCCGCCACCGCCGUGGCACAGUUAUACAAAGACCGAGUAUGUCAUCAACAGGGCCUAUCACUGUGGGUGCCAUUUCAGAAUGCUGCUACGGCAGUCACCAACCUGUAUAAAGAGAGUGUCGAGGCCCAUCAAAGAAGCUUCGACAGGGGCAUCCAGAUAGGACACCAGCGGCGUAAUAAGGACAUGUUGGCCUGGGUAAAAAAGCGCCGAAGAACUAUCCGGAGGGAGGAUCUUAUCAGCUUCCUGUGUGGCAAAGCACCCCCACACAGGAGUAGCAGGGCCAGCACAAGGCUGGCCAUGGUGGCCCCCAGCCGGGCUAACUCACCAGCUGAGACCGGCUCGUCUGUAGAAGCCGACCUCCAGCCCUUCAGGGAGGCCAUCGCACUGCACGGUCUGAGCGGCGCAAUGGCGAGCAUCAGCGUGCGCUCGGGCCCCCCGGGGUCCCCCACACACGUAAGCGGGAGCAGCAGUAACGGAGGCGGCGCCGGCGGUGGAGCGUCUUCGGGCUCGGCGGCGCUGUGCCGCGGCAGACGCAACGGCCUCCUGGACGUGGACCUGAACACUUUCAUCUCUGAGGAGAUGGCACUGCACCUGGACUCAUCCGGCUCGGCCUCGGGCGGGGGAGGCGGCGCAGCUAGAAAACGUAACUCCACCCAGUGUGGUGACGUCAUCACAGACUCGCCCACUCACAAACGCAACAGGAUGAUUUGAAGCGACGCCACGAGGCUUUACAUUCAGAUGGCCGGCUGCGGCGGAUCUCAGAGCAUGUGUGGCAGGGAUCCAGGCAGUUGCCCCGUGGGUGAAGAUGCACUGUGCUGAAGCCACUUGAUUCUUGACACAUUUGUGCCCUUACCCCCGCCCACCACCCACCACCUUAAUAAGGACGUGAGGUGUCACCGAGGAUGUCAAACACUUCUUUCUGUUACUCGCUGCUGAGUCGCAGCCCACACCUGAUGUCCAGCCCAGUCCUUGGAUUGCUUCAACCACUUUUUCUUCUUUUACCACCAGUGUUAAACAUCAUUGUUUCCACUGUCUACAACAGUGACAGCCAAAUUUAAGUUUCACUCAUUACGAAGCCUUUUUUUUGUUUAUUGUAGUAUCCAUUGAAGAUAAUUGAGACGAUCUUAAAAUGCAUUCUCGCCCCCCUUUUGUGCAGUCUUACUCUAAAAAGCAGCUGCUGUAUUAUGUGAUUGUGUGACUUUUCUGAUGAGUUGCAAUAAGGCUUUUUGCACUUAACGAUUUCAUGCAAACAAAAUCGGCUCUUCCAUUGCAGUUGUAGCCUCUCCGAGUUCUAACCUUUGGAAGCUGGUGAGCACUUGCCAUCGCUCGCGUUCUAGUUCUCUCGUUCUCCUCUGUUUCCGCAAAGGAUUGAACUUUAUGAGAGAACAUCGGUGCUGUAAGAAUAAAAGGUUAAUGUCACUCAUAAGUCAUGAACGUUUCUCAUCAGACUUGAGCUGUGCUCACAAGCCAUCCCAUAAUUUGCUCUCUCACAGGCUAUAAUUUCAUUAAAAUGCAAGACGAUGGCUUUCAGAGAUUGUGACAUAAGUUUUUAUAUUUUUAUUUUUUAAAAUAAGAAUCCCCUAAGAUUUUCAGCAAAGCAUUUAUUUCCAGUCAGGCUCUGCUAUGUUGGCAUUUACACUUGAAGUGACCCACCGUGUGACGUCAGUGGUGCUCUCAUCUUGGCAACACGGGAAGUGUACGAAGCGUGUCAGUUUUGUUGAAACUUCAAACCUGUUUUCUUUGGUUCUCAUUUUCCUGCAUGAUUGCUAGCUUCGUCUUUUGAUUGUCUCGCUUAAGCAUUUGCUUCUUUUUUAUUAUGAUUAUUAUUUUUUGGUUGUUGCAAAACCACUGACAAGUGGGAUAUCAUUUGACUGCAGAGCCUCUGGCCACAUGUGAAGCAGUUUUUUAUUUCAUGUAAAUUUGGGGGGGGGGGGGGAGCAAUGUUAAUAAUUUUUCAUAGGAAGGAUUAAUCUGUGGAAGUUUUAGUCUCUAAAUCAUGUGUGGGGAACCUUUUAGUCAGUCCUCUGAGGGCCUUGUUAAAUUUGUAGAGAAAAAAAAUCCAAUUGAACAAAUGUUUAUUCUAUAUUAUGAACAUUUGUUGGUUACAUGUUUUCAGGCUUUUAUAGCAGUUCCUCUGAGGUUUUAAAAUUGCAUGGCGGGCCAGAUCCAGUGCUCUCGAGGGCCGUAGGUUCCUCACCCCUGCUCUAAUGUGACAGAAUAUGGCGCAAGGAGGAUUUGAAGGCAGCCUGCGUCUGUUGUUUAAAAACAUGCCUUUUGAAUGAUUUGCUUAGCUUUCUUUUUCCACACGCUUAACUCUUCUCUAUGGUUUAACACUCACUCGCAUCUGCAGCACUUUUGACUGAAAGGCAACAUGGUUGUUGCACGUCACAGCAGUUAAAGGGAACAUAGUGUGACGUGCGCAUGUGGACAAGAGCUACAAUUUCAAACAGAAACAUUUGGAAUUUAAUCCCAACUCUGUUUUUCGUCACUUUCUACACGGGCAGACUCAAGCCAACACUAUUAUCAGCUCUUUCUUCAUACAUAAUUGUCAAAAAAAAGGUAAUAAAUGGCUAAUCUAUAUACUUAACAUUUAAUUGUUGGUAUGAUAUAUGUGGUUCACAUUGUAAAGAUGAAAUAAAACAAUUGAGUUGCAAA